GCUUCGGUUUUUCUCUCUUUUCCUGGAAUUAAUAUUUUGUUCUAAAGGUCUCAUCUCAGCAACACCUAACCCUUUCAACUCCAAUCCCUCCUUCCACUAUUCAAAAACCAAAAACAAAAAAUCACAGCAAAUUUUAUUCGCAACAGAUCCAAUGGCUCUCUCAACUUUUUCCCGCCGAGGCCUCGGAUCCACUCUCGCCAAGCCUAUAUCCGCAGCCGUCUCAUCGCGCCGGAUCUCCUCCGACGCCUCCCUCACCGUCGAGACCUCCGUUCCUUUCACGGCGCACAACUGCGAGGCGCCGUCACGCGCAGUCACCACCUCUCCCUCCGAGCUGCUUUCCUUUUUCCGUGACAUGGCCCUCAUGCGCCGCAUGGAGAUCGCUGCGGACUCUCUCUACAAGGCCAAACUCAUCCGCGGAUUCUGCCACCUCUACGACGGCCAGGAGGCCGUCGCCGUGGGCAUGGAGGCCGGCAUCACCAGAAAGGACUGCAUCAUCACUGCCUACCGCGACCACUGCACCUUCCUGGGCCGCGGCGGCACGCUGCUCGAGGUGUUCUCGGAGCUGAUGGGGCGCAAGGACGGAUGCUCGAAAGGGAAAGGGGGUUCCAUGCACUUUUAUAGGAAGGAGGGUGGGUUCUACGGCGGACACGGGAUCGUGGGGGCGCAGGUUCCGUUAGGGUGUGGUUUGGCGUUUGCGCAGAAGUAUAGUAAGGAUGAGAGUGUGACUUUUGCCUUGUAUGGAGAUGGGGCUGCCAAUCAGGGACAACUUUUUGAGGCGCUUAACAUUGCCGCGCUUUGGGAUCUUCCUGCUAUCUUGGUCUGCGAGAAUAAUCACUAUGGGAUGGGGACUGCGGAGUGGAGGGCUGCAAAGAGUCCUGCUUAUUACAAGCGUGGCGAUUAUGUGCCUGGCUUGAAGGUAGAUGGCAUGGACGUUCUUGCUGUUAAGCAAGCUUGCAAAUUUGCAAAAGAACAUGCUUUGAAGAAUGGGCCCAUUAUUCUUGAAAUGGAUACUUAUAGAUACCAUGGUCACUCUAUGUCUGAUCCUGGCAGCACUUACCGCACACGUGAUGAAAUAUCUGGAGUGAGACAGGAGCGUGAUCCAAUUGAGAGAGUAAGAAAGCUGUUAUUGUCUCAUGACAUUGCUGCUGAAAAGGAGCUAAAGGACAUUGAAAAAGAAGUCAGAAAAGAAGUCGACGAAGCCAUUGCUAAAGCAAAGGAGAGUCCAAUGCCAGACCCAUCCGAAUUAUUUAGCCAUGUCUACGUUAAAGGUUUAGGAGUUGAGGCAUUCGGUGUUGAUAGGAAAAUAGUGAGAGCUACUUUACCAUAAUUAAGAAGUUUGUCCUCUGAAUAUCUUACCACCAUCUGGUAGCAGAGUCAUGGAAAUAAUGAAGAAUAAAAAGGUUCUACAGCAGGUCCUGUCUCCCCCUAUUUGUUGAGUUUUUUACCCUCGUAUAUAGUGGAUUUGUUAUGCUUGGGUAGCAACUGGGCGGAAUUAUUAUUUUUUUGCCAUGUAAUUUUUUUGGAGGAAACUAACAGCGAAAGCAUCAUUGUGAUUGAUGCAACUGGGGUGUUCUGAGGAUUUCCGGAAUGCACUGUGCAUUAUUUGCAAAUAUGUAGUUCAGAAUAAUUUAGACACAUCUCAAUCAUAUUCCAAACUUCAAAAUCAA